AUGCUGACGCUUCUCUUACCCUUCUGCCCUCGUCUCACUGAUCGCAACUCUGUACUGCACAGGCAUGAUUUCCUCGACUGGAAACAAGAUGCUGGCAUGCGCGAGAUCAAAGUCAUGCGACGCUACCACAUCCAAGAUCGAGACGACUAUCACAAAUACAACAAACUGGUCGGCAAGCUUCGCCACCUCUCCCUGCGACUCUCCACGCUUCCCGUCGCAGACCCUUUCCGCGGCAAACACGAACAAGGCAUGCUCGCCAAGCUGUACGACAUGGGUCUGCUGGACACAGGUGCCAAGAUGUCCGACAUUAUGAACAAGCUCAACGUCUCGGCGUUCUGCAGGAGGAGGUUGCCGGUGGUGAUGGUGAGGUUGAAGAUGUCGGAGACGGUGGGACAGGCGGUCAAGUACGUCGAGCAGGGACAUGUGAGGGUUGGACCGGAUACGAUCAGUGAUCCAGCGUUUAUGGUAACCAGGAACAUGGAGGACUUUGUGACCUGGGUGGACACGAGCAAGAUCAAGAGGACCAUCGCUAGGUAUAACGAUGAGUUGGACGACUUUGACUUGCUCUGA